UAAAAUCAGCUGUUCUGAUACGCUACCGCUUACGAACAUCUGAAUCAACUCGUUUGGAGGUCACGUCCGAACGACCUUUCCACAAGCCAAUCAAAUUGCCGCUGGCGAGAUUCGUCUAAUGGAAGAUUUCCCAUGAUUCUUCGCGUUAAUGUUUACGAUAACAAAGAUGGCUGCUCAGUCGAGUGGCAUGGCUACUCCCAGAAAAACGUUAAGUCUGGGGAAUAUAUGCAUUAUAUGUGGAUUUUCUUUUAUUCACACGUUUAUAGACUCAAAUGGGAAAGAGAUUACACAGAAGUUUUUCGAUAAAAAGUUUAAAUUAACAGAAGAACGAAAAAAAAUUAUCAAUAGUGUAUGUCAGAAGUGUUUCCGGACCGUUGAGAGGCUCAGUAAAAUGGAAAAAGAAGUAUCCGAACUGAAAUGUAAAUUAAAAUACUCAGCAGAGAACGUAAAAGAGAAUUUUUUACUUUCUCUUCCGUCACCGAAACGUUCGGUGAUAACUAAAAGAAUGUUACGUAGCCCUAUUAUUCGGCAACCGACCAAGAAAGUGGCCUCCCUCCUACCAAUUACUUGUGUUCAGCCCAUCAGUAUUCUACCCUUCUCUGACCUUACAAAUAGAGGAGGACUACCUGUCGCCAAGCAAGUAAAGCCACCAGUCCGGAGAUCACUCGGAACUUCCUUCACCAAUAGGCCUAGUGAAACUCAUACAACCUUACAAGGAGAAGUAACAAUAUGA